AUGGAUAGUAAACAUCGAGAAGCUUGUAAUGUUCAAACGACACUGGCUAAUAAAGGAUAUUCAUUCUCGGCUGAAGAAAUACAGAAAAUCAUGGAGGUUCUUAGUGGAGUUUCUCUAAAACUUAUCAUAACCAAUGUUCCACCCGAGGUUUUCAAGCACAAUGCUGCGCAGGUAUGUUUUGAGGACCUGUUUAGGUCGUUUGACAGUCAGUCCAAAUUCGUAUACCUGCCGAGUUUCCAAAGAGUUCUAGUUUACAUGAGCAGACCAGAAGCUGCGUUGUUGGCACGUUUGGAAACCCAAGGGUGGACGCUUCCUGAACAUGUAUUUACUAACAUACCAAACAGUUCAGUAAAUAUUAAUAGUGGUGGAAUCAACUGUUAUAUUGGGAAUUUCGAAGAUAGUAAUGAUAAAAAUGAAAUUAAUGAUGAAGAGGAGUGCGGUUACUGUGAUAAUCCAGAAUGCAUUGUUGAUUCUGAUGAAUACUUUGAUGAUGGUCGGACUGAAGAUUGUAAAGAGAAUACAGACUUCCAAUCGACUUCACUCGCUAACAAGGGACUGUUAAAUCAAGAUGAUGUAGAAGAAAAUCCAGCUGAAUUUAUUGCAUCACCUGUAUCUCCUAUUGUUAAUAGUAGUCGCAAUUUUAGAAGCCAGAGAGAACUAUCUCCAGAUAGGACUACUGAAUUCAAAAAUAUAAGCAAUACGUGUGGUGACAAGAAUAUAGAUGUACCACUUUUUCAGAAUGAUGUUUGUAAACAUGGUAAAUAUAAACGACGUAGUUUGGGUUGUUCAAUGAAACAUCUAGCUCCUCCAAAACCAUGUCGAUUAUUCUUACUUUCUCCACCUGCUUCACCUCCUGUUGGGUGGGAACCAAAACCAGAAUGUGAACCUGUUAUCAAUUAUGAACUUUUACAAGCCUUAGCUUCAUUAGCACCAGGUGAGGCAUUUGAAUUGCAUCCACGUGAUCAAGCUAAUCAUCACCCAAGUAUUGUGAUAACACCAUGUGAAACUGGUCUAACGUAUGAUAAAGAUGUGAAAAAACUUCGAAUAGUGCAAACUAAGUGUCCAGAUCGUAAAUGA